UGAAUCAAUAACGAAGCAUUGUACAAACAAUAUUAGAUUGCUGGUAACCUUAUUUCGCUGUGUCCAAAACGCUUAUGGUGCACGGCUGCCAUUUUCUUGUAUACCAGUUAUUUGUUGAAUCUGUUCACACAUUGUGAAUGUGUAAACCCAGUGAAAACAUAUUUUUAAAAACGGUGUCAAUAAAAUUUAAGCGUCUGAGAAAAAAUAAUGGCUGUCAACGGAUCCUACGCCGGGACUGCACCUGGCUUUUUUAAAAUUCUUCACAUUAUCUUUGGGGCCAUCGCCAUUGGAUGUGGUAGUCAGUACGACUCUGAAUUUGUAUUCGAAAGAGUAUUCUUAUGGUCAGCAGUAACGUGCUUUAUCCUUUCAAUUGUAUACCUUCUGGGCCAUUUGAUGUCUAAGAGUUUGGCACAAAGUUCGGCUGUGAAAGGAUUUGAUGUGGUGUAUCAUAUCUUGGCAGGAAUAUUACUUCUUGUCGGAGGAAGCUUGAUGAUUGCUUCAGUAAAGAAAUAUGAUAAACAAUAUUGUGACCCAAAUCCAUGGGGUGUGUCGUGCCAAGAACGCAAAAGUGUUAAACUGGCUGGCGGGUCGUUCUCGAUUAUAAAUGGAAUAUUCUAUCUGAUUACCGUUGCACUGAUUGGGAUGCAAAAGAAAGAGGAUCCAGACAUUAAUUGGGAUACAAGGAUCAGGGGAUAUCAAGCUGCGUCUGCAAAGGAAAAGACCCCCGUUAGUGAACCACGAGAAUAAGCAACAUUUAGGAAAAGGAACGGAUUCAGAUAAUGAUAAAAUAUUUAAGAAUUUUGUACAAAGUUUAUUUUCAAUUGAUUUUUCACAUAAUAUUAUAAUUAAUUUUAUGAGUUCAAGUACAUUGACAAAAUGACAAAGUUAUGAUUUUAAUUUAUGAAAUAAUAAAUAAGUAAACCUAAGGGUUAUUUUGAAUCCACA